CACACACAGCUGUCAGCACCAAGGACAGCAGCCGCUCAGCCAGGAGCGGCCAGCCGCGACGCAGUGGAGACAUCCGUCCGGACAGAGCGCAGGGACAUAUAAUCCUGCAGAGGAAUCCGCUUGAACGCUAAAGAAAUGGUUUAACAAUUGUAUUUUCUUUGUCAAAACUGCAGGGCGGUUUGGGUAGUUCUGCAGUGAGGGGGGAGAAAAAAAAAACUGGACGAUGCGGUUUGAAUGUUCUAGUUUGAAAUCCCUAAUAUGACCAUGCACAUUCCUCUGCAUUGCACAUAAUCAGCUUUUUUUUUUAGAUCUUAAUUUUCCGCUUUUUUUUUUUUACUGGGCUCCCUGCCUCGCUUAUACCGCCCACCUGGAUCGCGUCUGCAUUCAUCUUUCCGAGCCGAGCCGAGCCGCCACCGGGGAGAACAGCGACCGGGCUGCACUGUGCUGCUGUUUCGUGGUACACGCCAUGCGGCUGUUACUGCUGGCGGUGCUCUUCUCGUGCUCCUGCGCGCGGGCCGGCUGCGAGCCGAAGAUCGUGAACAUCGGGGCUGUCCUGAGCCAAAAGAGAUACGAGCAGGUGUUCAAAGAUGCGGUGACCCAGGCCAACCAGGUCUAUGGCAGGGACAAGUUCAAGCUGACCGCCAUCUCAGUAACGCACAAACCCAACGCCAUCCAGAUGGCUCUGUCCGUCUGCGAGGACCUCAUCUCCAGUCAGGUCUAUGCUAUCCUGGUGAGUCACCCUCCUCAGUCCAAUGACCACCUCACUCCGACGCCUGUCUCCUACACUGCAGGCUUCUACCGCAUCCCUGUGGUGGGGCUCACCACCCGCAUGUCCAUCUACUCAGACAAGAGUAUCCACUUGUCCUUCCUGCGGACGGUGCCGCCAUACUCCCACCAGGCCCACGUGUGGUUCGACCUGAUGCGCGAGUUCAACUGGAACCACAUCAUCCUGAUCGUGAGCGAUGAUCACGAGGGGCGGGCUGCUCAAAAGAGGCUCGAGACCCUCUUGGAGGAGAGGGAAACGAAGAAUAAAAAAAGGAACUAUGAAAACCUCGACCAACUGUCCUAUGACAACAAGCGAGGACCCAAGGCAGAGAAAGUCCUCCAGUUCAGCCAGGAGACUAACUUAACUGCCCUGCUGCUGGAGGCUAAAGAGUUGGAGGCCCGGGUCAUCAUCCUCUCUGCCAGCGAGGAGGAUGCUGCUGCAGUGUACAAGGCUGCCCGCUUCCUCAACAUGACAGGCUCAGGCUACGUGUGGCUGGUGGGUGAGCGGGAGAUGUCGGGUAAAGCCCUGAGUGAGGCGCCAGACGGUCUGAUCGGCCUCCAGCUCAUCAACGGCAAGAAUGAAUCGGCUCACAUCAACGAUGCAGUGGCUGUGGUGGCUCAAUCCAUCCAGGAGCUCUUCGAGAAGGAGAACAUCACAGAACCACCGAGAGGAUGUGUUGGCAACACCAACAUCUGGAAAACAGGGCCCCUUUUUAAACGGGUCCUGAUGUCUUCUAAGUAUCCAGAGGGUCUCACAGGACGGGUUGAGUUCAACGACGAUGGAGACAGGAAGUUCGCCCACUACAGUAUUCUCAACUAUCAGAAGUCUCGCCUCAUUCAAGUCGGCAUAUAUAAUGGAACGCAGGUGGUGAUGAACAAUCAGCGGAAGAUCAUCUGGCCCGGAGGAGAGACUGAGAAACCACAGGGCUUCCAGAUGUCUACUCGAUUAAAGAUAGUGACGAUACACCAGGAGCCGUUCGUGUACGUGAAACCCACGCUUCCGGAUGGGACGUGCAAGGAGGAAAUUACAUUAAACGGAGUCUCAAUAAAAAAGGUUAUCUGCACUGGGCCCAAUGAGACCAUCCCAGGUAACACAUCAGGACGCCCAAUCGUACCCCAAUGCUGUUAUGGAUUCUGCAUUGAUCUCCUGAUCAAGUUGGCCAUGACCAUGAACUUCACCUAUGAGGUGCAUCUGGUGGCUGAUGGAAAAUUUGGGACGCAAGAGCGGGUGAACAACAGCAACAAGAAAGAGUGGAACGGGAUGAUGGGAGAGCUCCUGGGGGGUCUGGCUGACAUGAUCGUUGCGCCGCUGACUAUAAACAACGAACGAGCCCAGUACAUCGAGUUCUCCAAACCUUUUAAAUAUCAAGGCCUCACUAUCCUUGUUAAAAAGGAAAUCCCUCGCAGUACACUGGACUCGUUUAUGCAGCCGUUCCAGAGCACGCUGUGGCUGCUGGUGGGUCUUUCGGUGCAUGUGGUGGCGGUGAUGCUUUACCUUCUAGACCGGUUCAGUCCAUUUGGAAGAUUUAAAGUGAACAGUGAAGAAGAAGAAGAAGAUGCCCUCACCCUGUCAUCAGCCAUGUGGUUCUCCUGGGGAGUGCUGCUGAACUCUGGAAUAGGAGAAGGUGCGCCGCGGAGCUUCUCAGCGAGAAUCCUGGGCAUGGUGUGGGCUGGCUUUGCCAUGAUCAUUGUGGCAUCUUAUACUGCCAACCUGGCUGCCUUUCUGGUGUUGGACCGGCCUGAGGAGCGCAUCACCGGCAUCAAUGACCCAAGGCUGAGAAACCCAUCUGACAAGUUCAUCUACGCCACGGUGAAGCAAAGCUCUGUGGAUAUCUACUUCCGGCGGCAGGUGGAGCUUAGUACUAUGUACCGCCACAUGGAGAAGCACAACUAUGAGAGUGCCGCCGAGGCAAUCCAGGCUGUGCGGGACAACAAGCUGCAUGCUUUCAUCUGGGACUCUGCGGUGCUGGAGUUUGAAGCCUCGCAGAAGUGCGACCUGGUGACCACGGGAGAGCUGUUUUUCCGUUCGGGCUUUGGCAUAGGCAUGCGCAAGGACAGCCCCUGGAAACAGAAUGUGUCCCUGGCCAUUCUCAGUUCUCAUGAGAAUGGCUUCAUGGAAGACCUAGAUAAAACCUGGGUGAGAUACCAGGAGUGUGACUCAAGGAGCAAUGCCCCAGCCACACUCACCUUUGAGAACAUGGCAGGAGUCUUCAUGCUUGUGGCUGGUGGUAUUGCAGCAGGGAUCUUCCUCAUUUUCAUCGAAAUCGCCUAUAAACGCCAUAAAGACGCCCGCAGGAAGCAGAUGCAGCUAGCCUUUGCGGCCGUCAAUGUCUGGAGGAAGAAUUUGCAGGACAGUAAGGAGACCUCUGGAAGUCAAGUGGUGGCUGAGACACCCUCUUUACCCUCUUCCUCUCUAGAGACUCAGGAUGAUAGGAAAAGUGGUAGAGCAGAGCCCGACCCCAAAAAGAAAGCCUCUUUUAGGUCCAUCAGUACCACCCUGGCCUCCAGCAUCAAGAGACGUAGGUCCUCCAAAGACACGCAGUACCCACCUACUGACAUCACGGGCCAACUCAACUUGUCUGACCCGUCUGUCAGCACUGUGGUGUAAAGAGAGGGCGACGCUCAAGAUUGCUCGCCACGGAGAGAGGAAGCAAGAGAUUAAGCAAAGGGAGAAAGAUUCCAUGUUCCCUUCGUUGCAAAAGCCGAAUCUGUGGAGGUUUUGGAAGAAACCGCCUGGCGAAGAAGCGGCUGACGACACCGAACUUGCACCUUUUAUAAAGACGGGAUUACCUGAUCUUAGAUGUUUGUAGGGUCCCUGAGCAUGCACAGAAGAACCCAUCAGACUCAAAUAUACAAUCUUUUCCUUCUGUAUAUUAAUAGCAAACUUAUUUAACCUUGUUUUGUCCUUUUAUUCACAUAAACCUAACGUUUGAUGCUUUCCAAUGACCUCGGCAGCUGCAUUGCCAGAUUUAGUUGGUUAAUUUUAUGUAUAACCUGGUUUUGGUGUGAACAUUUGACUUGACAUAUCACUUCCAAUUAGGGCCUAAAUACCACAGUACAAAAUAAAUGUAGUAUUUCUUAACAAUAUAUAGCGCAAUACAAGAAGUACUGUAAGCUUCAAGGGAGAUGAUUUAUUUUUAAUAGAAUCUGUGUUUUUAUCUACAUUUUAAAUGUUUUUAGACAAAACUCUUUAUUGGAAAGCACUAUUAAUCGCACUACGAAUGAACAAAUGGCUUUACUGUCUGAUAGUGAAGAUGGAAAAAAAGCAAAUAUGUGCUUGAAUAUGAGCUUUAUAUAUCUGACUUAAGAUAAUGAUUAUUGUGAUUUUCUAAGCUACAGCAGAUUAUGUUCAAAUGUUCAAAUUGUAUCUUCCUCCCUUUAAUUUUGCACUAACCUGCUUAAGGCACUUGUUUGGAGUUAUAACUCAAGUUUGAACUCAUGCUACUUAUUUUAUAGUAAUAUUUAGAGCAAGAAAUGUGAUGGUGGAUAUGAGGUACUGCAAAUCUGUUAUUACUUUGAUGAAGUGGCUGAGUAACAUUUGUGUGUUCAGCCACGACACAAGGCCUUUGUGUUUGGGGGACGCCCUCACUCUUCCUCUCUCCCGCAGCAGCACUCUUUCUCAUGUCCAGCCUUGAAGGGGUUGCAUCAAAGGGCCAGGUUUUUCACCCAACCAGCACUCGGUCUUUCAUGCAAAACCUCUUCCCUGCGGGGCACUGGAGAACUUUUACACGAAGGAACCAGAGUGAAUUGAAAGCUCAGUUUUGGUUAGUUGCAAAAACAGGCCGUUUCCCAUUACCUGGAGAUGAGAAACCAACGCUGCAAAUAAGAAUACAUCCUCUCUGGUGUCUGGCACUGAGAUGCACUUUACGUGGAGGGCUCUCCCAAAUAAAAAUAAAAAAAUCAGAGAAAAUAAAAGCACUGAUUUAUAGGAACUACAACAGAACUGCAACAUCCCUCAGAUGUGCUAACUUUGCUGAAUAUUAGACAAAGCUUUUUUUUUCCUCAAUUAGUGAAACAUUAGAAUUUAUAAACUCCAUCACAUUUCAAUUACCUUCUGGAAAUCAUAGCUUGUUUUAAAGCCAAGCGACUGGUUAUUUUACCCUCAUUCAGUGCAUGCCUACGUGUUUAUACCAGUGUUUUACUUUGCUUUUGGAUGCUUGCCGUUGUACAGAUGAUGGAGCUGUCUGAAGCAACGCCAGUUGAAUGAAGUGUAAAUAGAGCCUGGUUAUGUGUUGAUUAGGAUAAUAUACGGCACUUGUAAUGCAGUUGAGAAUGUCUUAUGCUUAAUUAUUAAUUCACACAACAGUGAAAGACACAGGCAUGCAUUUACACACACAUAUACACACACCUGCAUACACUCCCACAUACACGCACAUACACCUGUUGAGGGUGGAUAAAUUAUUUUUUUUUUCCUUUUCCAUGGAAAACCUUGUAUUGAGUCAUCUUGUUUAUAUGACUGUAAAUAAAAUAUGCUUACAUUGCCAAGUCAA